AUGCCUACCAAAAAGAAAGAGGUGAAGGCAGAGGAGCCGCUCUUCGUGGACGAGGCGGGCCGCUACGUGCAUGAAGUUGAGGGCGCCCGGUAUAAGGGCGGAAUACGGCGCUACGCGUGCCCAGCAGGCGCCGACGCCACUGCCGCGUCACCAGCCAAAAGUAGCCGAUCCAAGUCUGCCUCGUCGCCAGGCAAAGGGGGGGCCACAUCACCACAGUCUACGGUGAGCACGGCAGCGGUCAGUGACGCGCCAGUGUUUCGCCACGGCCGCGGCGUGUAUACGUGUCCGUCCUUCACCUACACAGGCGACUGGGUCGAGGAUGAGAUGCACGGCAGUGGCCAACUCGCUUUCACGGAGUCUGGUAACGUCUACGAAGGCGAAUUUUUCCACGGCUGCUUCUCUGGGCAGGGCACGUACCACUGGCGCAACGGGGCGAUGUACUGCGGUGAAUGGCGGGCAAAUCGUAUGCACGGCGAGGGAGUCUAUACGGAUGCCCAAGGGCAUGUGUGGAAAGGGCGGUACUACAACGGCACUGGGCCGGGGCUCAUUCGCCUGUACCCCACGCUGGAGCGUGUAGAUGGCGCUGGUACAUCGUCUCCUGCGCCGACUGCCAUGAGUGCAGCUACUGCAUCGGCGAUCUCCUGA